UCUGACACUUGCAGUAAAAGAGAUUUGGGUUUUUAUUUCUGAAUUUCGUCUCUACCCAAGCAAGACUAAAACCAUAAAUCCCGGCAUAUCGUCCCCCAGAGUGGAAUUAGAAUUUUCUUAUGUGUGUGUCAUUUCCUGUUUAGAGCAAAUGGCACACUUGUGUUUACUGAUGAGUCUUUGCUGAUGAGUCUUUUCCCAUCAUUUUCCACCAUCAGCCUUACCAAGCCUGACUCUGUGGGAGAGUCACCAUCAGUGUGUGAAACAGCUAUUUUUAUAACAAGCCAUAGACUGGAUCUUCUAGAAACAUCCAGCGUUUUGGCAGCGUUUCGAUUGAACUUACCAACUUGUGCAACCCAGUUUGGAAAUGUAUCAUUUUGUAUAGUUGUUUACCAUUUAGUUAAAUAUAUUUUCUUGUAAAUUCCAUACACAGUGUAAGCUCAUGAUGCACAGGAUUAACCAUUUAAUAACAUGGAGAUGAAUUUGGCCAGAGGACAGGUCAGGAAUUAACUGGGGCGAGAUGAUUCCACUCAUUUCUUACAUAAGGCCACUAUAAUGCAUUGAAUAGCAGCACAUUCAUGGAGUAAGGAGGUAUGGUUUUGAGUCGUUAGGUGUGCUAUAUGGACAUGGCACAAAAGCAGGGUCAGAGUACGUUUUAAAAGCCAAAAAAUGCAUUAGAAGAUGUUUCAUUUUAAACCAUAUGUAAAGGAAAUGAAUGAUCCCAUAGCCAAUAACCGCCUAAUCUACAUACAGAGGGUGGGUGCUAAUCUGUCACAAACCGAGGUAGUUUGAUUCACAAAAUCUUCUAGUGAGAUUGGUAUGCUUUAGUGUCAAUGUCUGAAUUUACUAUCCUUUCAUUACGUUGUGUCAUUUUUCAUUUUUCUGCAUUUGAAGUUACAUAAGGUUACCCUUUGAGGCAGAAGCUGUGCAAUUUUUCAUCAACGUGUGCGCACACUUCUUUCCGUAAGCUUUCUUACUGUGUGAACAUUCACCUCUUUGUAUGUCAUCCAGCUGAGGCUCUUAGUCACACAAGCAACGCAGCCAUGCAGCUUCAUUUCAUGCGUACAUACACACACACACACACACAUUCUUUCUCUCUCCUCUCUGCUGUCUUCCUCUCUCUCUCUCUUCUGCAUCUAGACGCACAUGCAUACGCAUUUACUCUAUGGAUGACACACACACACACACAUACAUACACUCAGCCUGCCAGGCUUGGGAGCAUCAAGGCCUAAUCUAGGUCACAGCAUAAACCCAGAGGUAUCCUGGUCUCACACACACACUCAUGCAUGCACGUGUUUUUGAUUUUUUUUUUUGCGUAUAAAAUCCAUUUUUACUCGACUAAUUUCCCCUCAGCAGUGAAAAGCGUUUGAUUUUCAUUUUGACAGCAGACACACCUCACUUCCCAGGAAAAUUAAGACUACAUAUAACCAGUGAAUUUCAUGUUUUCCAAAAAUCCCCCCCUCCCCAUCUCCAUCUCCUUCCUCUCCCUCCCAAAUAAUCUCAUUGGUUAUGUGACUGAGUCUAAUGGCUCUUAUGAUUGUCACAAGGCCAUCAUUUCCUUGAUUAAGUGCUCUUUGGGAUCUUUCCACAGCAGAUAGCUCAAUCAACAUCCAUUUAAGAAGCACUUUCCCACUGAAGCCUAAACGAAAUCUCUUUUUUUCUGUGUCAUCUGCUUAAAUAAAGACAUGGAUGCAGUUUGUGUGCAUCCCUGCUGCAGAAGCACCAUAGGAUCCCUUUGAUAUGACUUAGCCUGACAGCGUACCAUCCAAGAUGCGACUGUGUGUCACAGCACAGAAAUAGAGGAGCUUAUUUCUUUACAUCAGUCUCCAGCCUUCUAUAAAUAUUCCAAAGCUCUCUGUUCCCUCUCUCCCUCUCUCUUUCUUUUUCUUUCUUGCUGCUUUCUCUGCCCCCCCCACCCCGUUUGUCCAUUAUUUUUCCUACACACUCUGCCUCCCACAUCUUCUCUUUCCCUCUGCUCCUGUCGUAUAAUGUAGAGAAAUGUGUCUCUUGUCUGUCUAGAAAGAGGCAGUAGUGUUGAGCAGGAACAAAAACACUCAUGCUGCAUAUAAUUUUUUCCCCUCUGACAGUCCUGCAAGGCUAUUUAGUAAGCUGACAGUGAUCUUAUCAUAUCACAUAUAGAAAUCUCCUCCUUCCCUUCCUUACUUUACUACUCCACAGAUCUCCACCAAUCAUGUACAGCCUGACGUAUAAUCACAGCCAUUAAUCUCAUCUGCGACUGCUAAGAUGUUUGAUUCAAAAAUAGGAACAUUUACAAGAAACAGAAGCCAAGCAGAUUUUAUCGAAAGCAACUGCCAGUCAGAGGCUGCUGUGCCCAAAAUGUGAGUGCUCAGUGCCAUCCUCCCUAACCUAUCAGUGUGGGAAGUAAGCGUGCCACCUAUGAAGUCAGCAGUCCCCAACCCCCACCCUGAACACAUGUUCAACAUCCUCUGGGCACAGGCUGAGCAGAGCACUGAGACACAGCUGAGAGAGGGAGAGGGAGAGAGCGCAGUGAAGUGGAAAUAUGGGUGAGCAUCAGAGAAAGACAGAAAUAGAGCGAUAAAGCAGUGAAUUAGGCAGAGGCAGAGAGAGGAGGAGGAGAAAUACAGGGAGUCUUUCGCUGAGGCGCUGAUGCUUCGUGCAGACGAGGUUAUUUUCUCCCAGCAGAAAGCUCUCGUCGUGUGUGGGUGUGAGAACCUCAUGGAUUUGCUCUCCUCUGAGUCUCAGUGGAAUUCAUUGCGUCUGGAUCCAAAACAGCAGCAGACGGAGGAUGCGACGGUAGCUGGAUGCUAGGAUCCAUGUGGGCCUGUGACGUCUGCGCUCCCCUCCGUGGCUACCUUCUUCCCCAUAAGGAUGGCUCCAGUGGCACUGACCCAGAUUGUGGAGUCCUGGCUCUUCGCUGUGCACUGCUCCUCGGGUGGUCUGUGAAUGUGAUGCGGACGAGGCAUGUUCCACACCUCGGCGGAUACCGCUCAGCCUGCUGCCUCUGCUGACAUCUGUUUCCGUGGAUACGCACAGCAACUGGCAGGCUACGCCACCAAGACUGAUCCAUAAUAAUAAUUCCCAGCUGGAGAACAAACAACAUCUGGGCGUGGAGAGAAGGGAGAGGGCGAAGUCUCAGCAGGGCGGGCGGCAGAUGGUGACACUGCAGCAGCACUUCUCCAGCAUGGAGGAGACGGUGCGAACACUACUACAGAACCAGGACUCACUGGAAGGGCCCAAGGUGGACCCCCUGGACCUCAUGAAAGCAUACAAGGACAAACUCCUGGAGGAAAUGUGGAAGCAGCAGGACAGUCUGGAGGGUUCCACCGCCACAGCAUCAGAAAUGCCUGCCUCGCCUGAGGCCUGCAGAGGAUCGGAGGAAAAUUCAAAGGACAGCAAUCCCCUGCUAGAGCGACUCAGAGCCCUGGAGGCGGAGAACUCUGCUCUGUCAAUGGAAAACGACAAUCAGAGGAAGCAGUAUGAGCGCUGUCUGGAUGAGGUGGCUAACCAGGUGGUCCAGGCCCUCCUCACGCAGAAGGACUUGAAAGAGGAAUGUGUGAAGCUGCGGACCCGUGUGUUUGAUUUGGAGCAGCAAAACCGCAUACUGAGUGUGCUGUUUCAACAACGUGUCAAAAUGUCCACGAUUCCUGUCUCCCAGGAGGUCCAAAGGAAUGGAAAAGCAGGUAUUCCUGCAGGAAGGUGGCCCAGCCUGCUAAGUCUAACAUGCCCACGCAGUAGUGGUAGUGGCAGUAGCAGUGAACUGUCACUAUCCAGUGCUUGUAGUGAGUACUCCAGUGGCUCCCACACUUGGGCAGAGGGACGUGGAUUCUCCAAGCAGUGUGCCACAAGCCGGGACAAAAGGAUGAGUACGGGUUCAGUAUCCAGCAAUCAUUCGGCACCCAUUGAGCAGACAGACCUGGGAUGGAAGGAAGGCCACAUUCUGAAAGGCCUGAAGCGUCUCCAAAUGUGCAGCUCCAAAGAGGCAUCCUCACUUGCAUCUGUACCACACUGCAAAGAUUGUAUGACCUCCAAUGAGGGCAUUUACUCACUUGGUGUCAAGUGUGGCCUACAAGGGAGUACAGCCAAGCAAGUAGCCCCUACAAGUAAACCUUUCCAGGCCGAAGCAAGGAUUGCUGCCCUAGACUCUGAUGAUGCAAAUGAUGAUUCACCUAAAUUACAAAGUAGGGAAUCCAGUGGCCAACCAACACAAGAGAUUCUUUGCUUAGAGAAACUGGAUGUCACAAGGGAUGAUGACAACAAUUUUCAAGAAGACCCUGUAAAACUUGUCGGGAAUUCUGGUCUUUUUCCCUCACCUGUCACAGACAACUUCUUAUUUUUGGAGGGCCCCAUAGUAAAACCUGGUGUAAGCCCAACAGAUAGCCUUACGCAUCUGGAAGAAAAAAACAAAGACUCACUAGAAAAACACAAGCCUUCAGUCAUGACGUUAAGUGACAGAAACAAUAACCAGGAAAGGUCUACUGACCGUAAAUCCAGACUUGAUCAUGUCAAAAGACAACAGGGCAGACUUCUAGUCAAGCAAGUUGAAGCAGGGGCAAGUGAUGUGAGCUCUUUUAUUCAGCAGUCUGCAACAAGAGCUCUGAGCUGUGUGAAUGUAGCCAGACAGCGCAGCUCCUCAGUGGAGGUUCCUCACUGCAGAGACCAGGCGAGUCAAGUUGGCAGUGAAAGCCAGGACUACACCAUUUCAGAAUCUCCACAGAGGAAACCGAAACCUCAGCCUUGUGACUCAGCAAGAAAGGCUUUCAUUCUGCGGAGCAAGAGUGCGGAUGGAGGACAAGAACAACCUAAGCAUACACAUUCUCCUCUCCACCAAAAGCUUAUUAAGGGUCACAGGUCCAAAGGACAGUCAACCCCUCCUGGGCACAGUGUUCCCAGCAAAAGGACAAAUUUCAGUAAAACACAUGGUUCAAGCAAGGGAGUAUUAUCUAAAGUUGAAAAAGAUGAUGACAUUGCAGUAUCAACAAGUUCCAAGUCUCUCAAGAGUGUGCAACAGCGCUCUCCCCUUGCUUCCCCUAUGAAACAUUCAAAGACAUUUAAGCCUCCAGGGAUCAAUGAAUCCUCAAAGAGCCCAACAAAAUCACCUUUGCAAAUCACUAGACUUCAAUCAAGCAAUGACUCUGUGGAAGAAAGCAUCUAUGACAACUUACCCUGCUCUCCGCGAAAACAGCGACGCCAAGACCAGCACUGUGAUGUUUCCCGUUCAGAACUUAGGUCCCCAUCCCCACCACCACCCCCAGGUCGAACGACAUCUCUUCUCCUUAGAUCCGGAUGUGACAGCUUACCCAGAGCACAUAAAUCUGCAGGUCAGGCUCAAAGCUCUACUACUGGGAAGACAAUAUCAAGCACCACCAAGCCACAAUCAAAUCAGCUUUCCAACACAGCAAAAGACAAUCAACAUACAGCCUCACAAAUGGGUGCUGAAGGUAAGCCACUGAAAGAUAUCCCUGCCAAGGUCUACCACACCCACUCAUCCAAGAUACCACCUGUCCCAGUUCAAGAGUCACAAGUUUCAGAGUCAGUCCAGUUACCUAUGAACAGAACUGCCACAUGCCAUGAUGAAAAUGGUGCUCCCUCUAUAUUUACAAGUCAGAGCAUCUUACAAAGAUCCCAACAGAGCAUUAGUGAGCCAAAACUUUCAGAAGUCUUGCCUCAGGCAUAUUCUAAUGUUUACUACCAUGGGAUUGUCAAUAAUCUUCAGAGUUCCACCUCAAGAGCUGUAAAAAUGGCUCUUCCUGUAAAUGCAAAAUCUCAUGAGGCAAUCUCUGGACAGGAAACCAGUACCAUCCUAGUUUUUGGAAGACAGAACAAAGAUGAUACAAACUUUACUACAAAAAGUAUCCAGACCUUUCAGAAUUGUACGUGUGACCCCCAGAUGAUACAUGAAUGUGGUGGUCAUGACAAAGCCCGCAGAAAGAUUGAGACCCGCUGUAACUCGCUAGAUUCGGAGCCGUCAGUUCAGCCUGUUGCAUCAGACAGCGGUGUGAUGUUAGAUUGGGGAUUUGAUGAGGAAGGUUGGCUGUUUAAAAGGUCUGUGUCUGUGUCAACCAGACCUCCCCUUAAGCCAGUAAUGGGUAUGAAUGGGGCCAAGGCUCGUAGCCAGAGCUUUGGUGCACGCUACAUGGACAGACCAAACUUCAACAGAUCUGGAAAGAUCCGUAGCCAGAUCAAAACGCACUCAGGGAGCUCCUUGAACUCUCUUAGUGAUGUCCUUCCAGGAAGUAUGAGUUGCUCCAGUAGCUACCAUUGCCCAAUGAAUCGAUCCCUUUUGAACAACUUCUUGAUUGAAGAGGGCCUGACAGUUCCCUCACAUUUAGGGUCCUCCAGUGAAAGACUUCAAAGUCUUAAACACCAACGAGAGCAGGCUAGGCGCCUUCAGAUUGAGCAACAGUUUUCAAGCGCCUUUGGUGAGCCAGUUUCUGAAGAACCAGAGAGACAAAGUACUAUAACCACAAUCGAAGAGAAAGUGAUGCUCGGCAUAGAGGAGAACUUGCACAAGUCUCAGGAACAGGAGAGAAGCAAUGAAGUGAAGCAAAAAUCUGGCUCAACCUUGGCAAAUUGGUUUGGUUUUCGUAAGAGUAAGCUUCCUGCUCCAAGCAGCAAAAAGACUGAUCCACCGAAAGUAAAAGAGGACAAGAGGGAGCAAAAGAUUACAUCACUUCUGGGAGGAAAGCAGACAAAGUUGGACAAAAAAAGAGAUAGAAGAAAAAGCGAUGGAAAAGAAUGCUCUGUGGGGAGAAGAGAGUCUCAUGAUGCAGUGCGGGCAUGCAUCUCAAUGCCCUGCCCAGGAAUGUCCCUGAAUGAAAUACAAGGACAUACUGACAUCAUCGGAGACCCAAAGAUGAUGAACCUGAGAGCCGAUGGUGAAAACGGAUCCACAGUGAAGACCCCCAAUCAGGAUGCUGUAAUAGGCUCCGGCUGCAAGAUGCGAACAUUGGACAGUGGAAUUGGGACCAUUCCCCUUCCUGAAUCCUGUUCCUUCUUCUCCUCCAUCCUGCACCUCCUCCCCAAAUCCUCAUCAACCCCAGAACAGUCCCUCAGUCCUCCCAGUGUCCCCGGUUCCUCCAGCGAGGACAUGUCUCCUUCCCCAUUACCCCGAUGGAGAAUACCCUCCAGCUUUAAGGACAGCAGCCAUGCAGGGGUGCCAAACUCUCUGUCCGACACCUCCAUGACCCAUAUCCAGUCAGUGCCUUUCCCCACUGUGGCCUUCCUCCAGCCCAUCCAACCCCAGUCUGAAUCCUUUGUGACCUCUGCGAAUGUGUGUGAUACCCAGAGCAGACUACCCAGACCACCACAAGGUGGAAUGGAACCAAAGAAGUUGACCUAUAUCAAAUCAAAAACACGAGCCACUACGAGCCAACAGAAAGAACAGACAAGACUUCAGCUUGCCAACUAGUUUAUGAAGCUGACUGUGCCAACCUGAAGCAAGGAAUCAGGCAAUCAUUUAGAUUUAUCACUCAAACACACAUGGAGGAUCCCUAAAUCCCACAGUUUGGGCACUGUGUCUGUGUAUCAAGUUGCAACGCUCAGAACUGGACAACAAGUCAGCUUGGCAUUGUAGGCUUCCACCUGUGUUCAGUGUAGUGUUGAGAUACUGAGCAGCCUUUUGGGUGUUGUAAUGAAGCUUUUGGCAGCCAUUUUGGAGGUCUGCAGCUCACUGGCAUCAGCUGUGAGCAGCUGAUUGAAUUUCUAAAUGUACAGCUCUGCUGUCUCACAGGACUGGACUUAAACACACAAGCCAUCCAUUUUUUGUUUUUUCCCCCCGGAGAAGUCACAAUUUAACAAAAACAUAAAAGGUUAGCUACUCUAGCACUUUUAUGGCUACCUGUAAUCAUCACCAUCUUCUGAGUUGCACACAACCCAAUGCAUGUAGGCCCGGUUUAAGCUAAUGUUAGUGGCCAGCAGCUGCAUUUUUACAUAGCUAUGACACAACCAUACUCGUUAGCUCGCUUAGCUAACUGCUCUCAUGCUACUGUGCAACUAGUAAUAUAUGUGGAGCACAGACAGUUUGCAGUGUUGCAGUGACCUGAACGCAAAAAAAACCCUGAGAAUUAAUCAUACAUAAAUGUAACUUACUAAAUGGAUCUGCUGUUGCAGCACACUUCUGCUAACAUCAAAAAGAUAUUUCUCACAUUAAAACUCAAACAGUAUAUAACUAGUACAGCAAUGGUGCAACCCUGUCACCUACAAGUUACGUUCACAUACAGCUAAUUUACCCUGGCUAAUACAUUUUGGAGGAGACAUACUGUCACCCGAAUCACUGAUAGCCUAUAUAUUAAACAAAUCUGCCAACUGCAAAUUUUACAUUUGUUUUUCAUUGUUGGCAACUAAAGCAUGAUUAAUGUUUUUUUGUUUAUGUGUAGGCAACUUAAAACAAAGCAUAGGGAAACAUCACAGCCUUGGUAAAAUAUUGAAAAAAGGUUACAGUAGGUCAAGGUUAGGCAAGUAAAAUAGUUAGUUAACAUUCCUGAAACAUAAUGUUUAGAUAUUGAAUAAAAGUCUAACAACAACUUUUGUUGCGGUAUAACAAUAAAACACUACUUCCUGCAUUGAAAAAAAGGUUGUCAGUGAAUGUAAUCAGAAACAUAUUACGUGAAGCCAACACGGCAACGUGGCUAUGUGUAAGAAACAAAGUGGCUAGCUGGGACAGGAAACUUUUUAUAAUAUUAUGCCACUAUACUGCAGCAAUGGAUGAGCGUAAUCACUUGAAUAAACUUAUCAAGUUACAGCCAAUGCAUAUUGAAAGUUUGCUCUUACAAAGCAUGGAGACGUCCAAGGAUUUUGUCUGCUCUAUAAUCUACACAUAGAAACACAUUACAGCAAAAUAUUUGAUACAUUCUGCUUUUGUAACCUGGUGGUUAAAACUGCAUUUGUUAAGUUUAGCCACUAGGGGACAGAACAACUACAAAAUUCAAUGACACAUAGCCCCAACAUACUAUCAUCUUAGAAAUCUGUUCUAGCUAACAUGUUAGCAAACAAUGAACUAUUCUUGCAUUCAACAGACACAGGGCAACAUCAGCAUCACAUUUGAUUGUUUCUGGCCACUUUAUAAAUCCAAUAUUCAAAGUACAAUACUCUCUCUCUCUCUUGGUCUCCACCAACUCUUCAGAAAAGGUUUUGGGUCUUUAGGUUGCUAGCUGUAUGACUACAUGAACCAGCCACUCAGUAGCUUUGUCAUUUGGUACGGACAGUUAUCGUACAGUGGGUUAAUCUUACUGUGCGGCUGUGCAACCAAAACAAUGAGACAAAGACAAAGUGUCAUUUGAUUCCGUUUUAUUGUCAAAAAUACAUUGAAAACUUUGCACAAGCACAACCUGUUUCCCACCAGACCUGCAUAAUGGCACCAGCUGUGGUCACUUUUGGAGAUUAAUGAUGCAAAUGAAAGACCUUGACUAAAAUCCUGCUCAACAAAGAUUAUGUAGCCACACUCAUUUUAAUUUUAAUAAAUGUUUAUGUGAAGAUCUAAUCCUGCUUUCAGUCUAAUAAAUAUCUAAACUACAAUACACGUCAGUAAUAUAUUUUUAAGCAAAACAUCAGAUGGAACCUUAUAAACUCAAGAUUACAAACUAUGAAAUCCAUCCUGAAGACAUUUUAUGUACAGCACUAACUACUGAUUGCCAUUCAUGAGCUCUAUACCUGACUGAGUAAUGUGACUCUUUAAAGUGUGCACUAUCUUGUUGAAAACUUUUUUUACUGUCACAAUGUUAAUAUCAACUUGCAUGCAACCCCCCUCGGGCUUAUUUUAACCACAGAAAUGUGUCAUGUGAAUCUGAUGUCUAUCAUAUGAAGAGUUUCAUCACAAGAGGUGAAACAAACUGAUGUGUGAAACUUGAUGUGCACUGCUCAGUAUUUAUGACAUAUUGCACAUAAUCUGUAAUUACCUAAGCAAAGGUCUUAAAAUAUCCAUCGUGAGUCUGACUUUCACGCCUGUCAUCAUUUUAAAUUGGUGUCACAUUUUAAAAACUGAGCACAUCUCAUCUUGUAAUGAAACUCUUCACAUGAGAACUGCAUUCUGCAUUUAAUACGUUUCCACAGUUAUGACAUCAAGACAAAGCAGUGAGUUGUUGCAUGUAACCUUAGUUAUAAAGCACCUAGUAGGCACAUUGUGGACAUUGUUGUGCUAGCUCAGGGAAAAUACCAUUUAUUGUCUCUGAUAGAUGCUGUGGAUUUAAUAAGCAAACCUCAACUUUAAAAUGUACAACCAUUUCAUUUUAACCAGUGAACACACCAGAUUUCACUGUAAUGGUUUAAGAAUAUUAUCUGAACUCAAUAUUUUCCUCGUCUGUUUUUGUCUGUACAUUUAACUGUAAGAUAGCUCUCCACGAUUGCUCAGUUUCUCUCUCUAUUAUGUAUGCUGUGCCCUUUAUAGUAAUGUUUUUGGUGUUUUGAAUGCAUCCCAACAUAUUUGACGGUUUUAGCUGCUUUGCGAUGUUUCCCUCUCACACCUUCAGCUCCCUGCCUUUCAUGUGUAGAUAUUUGUCAAAAUGCAUAUUGCCAAACACUUCUCUGAGCUAAUCACAUAUACAGAAAAUGAAUGCAACUAAAUCUACAUAUCAGACUUGUCAUGGUGAUUAUAGCCAUAUUCUUUUGAAACACUAGAGACAGUGAUGUAGAACUACGGAGCACUGUAAUGUUGCACAAUAUCAUUAGUCAUGUCAUCUUACUGUAUUUACCUCCUCUUUAAGUCUUUGCUCAAUUGCUACAUGUAUAUGUUGAAGAUAAUAUUUGUAAAACUGCAGCGGCGUUUAUGCCAAUAACAACACACGUGUAAUAAACAAAUUAUGUAGCGUACACAGGUGAGACGAGGUGUUAAUGGAUCAGGGAACAGAUUGGCUGUACUGAUACGGGUAGAUGGAGCAUGGUGUCUGUGUUUUUAAAAUGGCUCACAUAAUGAAGAGUGUCACUCUCACAAGAGUAUUGUAUUUUUUUUAACAUUUACUCUAAUGCCCUGUAUUUGUACUCAGCACUGAUGAGUGUAAUUUACCAUUUAUUGCACAUAUUGUUACUCACUAUUACAGUAAUUCUCCUUCUAAAUGUUUUUUUUUUUCAGAACCCAAUAAUAACAGUGAUGUUCUCGUGUGACAGUCACCUUAGCAGUAUGAAGUGAGAAUUGUAUAUUACUGAUAUUCUUUGUUUUAUGUAAAAGAAGAAAGAAAGAAAAAAUAAACUAUUUCAAUACUUACACAACA